CCGCACAAACCCAUGUAUCACACACACCAGCACAUAGGAUAGAGGGGCACACGCAGGUAUUUUGAACGGACUCGAAAGACGCCAUUGCACUGAGGACAUCGGCUGCGACAGUCCUCCCAUCUAACUGUUUGUAUGACAUUUGGAGCAAAAAUGUCGUGGGCUCCUGUGGUGACGACAGCAGUCCUUCUCUUUCUUUGUGUGGGAGAAGGUCUGGGUGCAAUAAUAGACAAAGAAGACUUUGAGGUUGGAACACCUUUGACCAUCACCUGCUCUAAGAAUGCUGCACCCCAAAUACCGGACAUCGGAAACACUAUAUCCAAGAUAACCUUAAGCAGGACGACUGAGAAUACAGAGGAGCUGUUGGCCACGUAUCAUCCUGCUAACUCUUUCGAGAAAUAUGAGGAAACAAGGCCGAUCACUAAUGGGGUUUACGAAAUGACUGGUGGUCAAAAUGGUAAUAUUAUUGGCAACGCAAACAACAUAAUCUUGAGGAUGACUAUUGAUCCUGCCCAGUGCUCUGAUUCAGCAAUGUACAAGUGUACUUUCUUUUAUUACAACACGGACAGUAAAGAGUUGGAGGCGGCGUUCACCGACAAUACUACUGCUAUUGCUAAAGUGCAAGACAUGGCAUUUUUGGCACUACCUGAUGAGUUUGAAUACGUCGAAGGUGUUAACAUCACUUUCACAUGCAGAGUUAUGGGUCAUGAAAAUUUGAGAAUUGAGUGGAAAGCCCAGAUGUGUCCCAUACCGGGUUUUACGACCCCGGGUUUUCAAACCUGGCCUCGUGCGGCUGACAUCAAGGAUAUGUCUGAUCAGACUCCGCCAGCGUCCCAGUGCACCGCCAUGAAUCACCAGUCUGAGCUUUUCUUCAGCGUCGACGGGGAGUUCUGUGCUGUCAAGUGUGAGGUGUACUCUACAAUGGCUGGCGGCCUGAUCCCACAGCAAUCUGUUAAUAAAACAGUGACUAUCUCAGAUGGAAGCAGUCCUGCCCCAAAUCAAGGGAAUCCGGACUCUGGGGAGUUGGGCAUCGGCCCCAUCAUCGGCAUAGUGAUCGCCGUCCUGGGGGUGAUCGUCAUUGUCCUACUUCUCGUCUACUUCUGCUGGUACCGCAAGAGGGACAAGGAGGAUAAGUAUCGGGACACAGAGGACGGCCCAAACAACACGUCAAAUGACCCGUACGCCCCUCCUCCUGUGUUCUACACAAAACCCAACAAGACUGUGUCGGAUGACAAAGAUGAGAAGAUUGGCGUGCGAAAUGAGGCUCUGGACACAUCCUAUGACUCCAAAGACUCGUCGUCUCGGGGACCUCCGCGCUACAUGAACACUGACCCGUCUGGCCCAGUGAUGAGCGGACUGCCGCGCUAUGAGAAGGACUUACACCGCGGCCGUGCCAACCGCGCUUAUGACGACGAGUACAACAAUGCUGAUCCCGACCACAGGUAUGGCCGAGACAAUGAUGCCAGGGACGACCGAGGUGACCGUGGGGAGCGCAGUUACCGGCGCCGCGAGGACCGUGACCGACGACCGCGUCACUACAGCACAGAGGACGGCACGGACGACCAGGGAUACAAUAUUCACGGCAUGGGUGACCCCAGCAUGGGCACAGCAAUCUGAGGAGGAGGAGGAGGAGGAACAACAUGGGCUUUUGGAUGUGUUGUCUUGCCCGCACACACACACACAUGCGCUUACACACUAGCACACUAGUGUGCUGACAUGCUGUGGCAUGUGUGAGUGCCCAUGCCCAAGCACACGCAUACACUAGCACUCAAGUUUGCUGACAUGCUCUGGCGUGCGUGUGUUAGCAACACACACAUCUUUUUAUGAAUGCACACACACACACACACACACACACACACAAACAAGUGCGCUAAUGCGCUCUGACAUACAUGUGUGCUAGCACACACAUCUUUGUACGUAUAUGUGGGCAUGCAUGCACUCACACUCACACACACUUUCUUGUACACAGGUGUGCAAACAUACUUACGGGUAUGCCUGUACAAAACUAGACACAUUUGGAACGUGCUUGAGUGCUUGUACCCGUACACAUACGCAUGUACAGAACACACAUAUGUAAACAAAUGCCAGCAAUACUGAGGCAAUGAAUAUUAUUUUCAAUUUUUAAAAAGUAGAUACAGCUAGUUGUGGUUGUUGUUGAAGACAAAGUGAGACUUUGACAAUAAUUCUAAAAUUCAGAGGUAUGUCAACUUUGGCAUGUUAAAUAACGUCGCCCGAGCACAGCAACCCAGCAUCCCACAAAAACAAAAUUUUACAGGAAAAGGAAAAAAACUUUGUCAGUUCAUCAAACAAUAUUUGUUAAAAAUUAGAAUAGGAAUGUUGCACUGGCGAUGUUUAUUUUAUUAGCUACAUGUCUAAAAAUUUGACGCAAAAUCCGUAACGUUACAUUUAGUAGAAAAAAGCAA